CAACCAUGAGGUAACCUUCCCAGAAAUUGAUAGCUGUCAUGACAACAGAAAAUUAAAAAGUAAAAUUUGUAGAAUAAUAUGCAAACUCAUAUAUUUAAUGAUACAAAGAGAUCAAAUAUUCUCAUUAACCUUGCCAUUUCAACAGAAAAUUGAUAUUCCUCUCAGAAAUGUUACAGCAGACCAAUCCAAUUGAAAAUUAACUUGAGAUAGUCCAUCUUUUUUUUUUACAAGCUGUUUUAUAUCUAACUUAUAAAAUGUCUAAAAAUAGUUUUAAGUCAUAUGCACUGCAUGUCUACAAGUCAAACUAAUGCUCACACUUGUUCCACAGAUUGGUUUUGGGGGACUGUUAGCCAUGGAUGCAGCAGAUGAACUGAACAUGACUCAAGCGCUUGAUUCUGAGCUUGAAGAUAAAUCUUUCAACUGCUGCUCAACUGCGCUCCCAAUAACUGAAGACAACCUUCUGAUUCUGGAUGACAGCACAAAGUUGGUUGGGGUUCAAGUUAUUCUCAUCCUUGCUUACAGCACCAUCAUCUUGUUUGGAGUCACUGGAAACUCCUUGGUGAUAUAUGUGGUCUACAAGUUUAAAAAUCUACGGACAGUGACAAACUUCUUUAUCGUAAACUUGGCGGUAGCUGACGUGCUGGUCAACACUCUGUGUUUGCCCUUCACCCUCGUCUACACCCUCUACGAUGAGUGGAUGUUUGGUCAAGUUUUAUGCUUCAUGCUGCCCUUUGCUCAAGGCAUGACCGUGCACGUCUCCACCAUGACCUUAAAUAUCAUUGCUCUGGACCGGCACAGGAGCAUCGUCCACCACAUGGAGACCAAGAUGUCCAAGGACAUGUGUGUUGUGGUCAUUGUCAUCUCGUGGGUCUUCAGCGCCUUGCUGGCAAGCCCUCUGGCCAUUUUCAGAGAGUACGGCUCGUUUGAUCUUUCACCUGAGGAGUCCAUUCAGGUGUGUAUGGAGAAGUGGCCGGGGAGCAGCAUGAACGGUCGGAUAUACAGUAUGUCAAUGCUCGUGGUUCAAGUUGGUAUACCUUUGGCCAUCAACUCCGUUGCAUACAUUCGCAUCUGGAACAAACUGAAGAACCACAUGGUUUGCGGUCGAAAUGACCACCAGCGCAGGAAGAAGACCACCAAGAUGAUGCUGACCAUGGUGGUGUUGUUUGCUGUCAGCUGGCUGCCCUUCCAUGCAUUUCAACUGGCGAUCGACAUCGACAACACUGUUCUGCAUAUGAAGGACUUCAAGCUGCUUUUCACCGUGUUCCACAUCGUGGCGAUGUGCUCGACUUGCGUCAAUCCCAUCCUGUAUGGGUGGAUGAACAACAACUACAGGACGGCCUUUUUGUCUGUGUGCAAGUGCUUUGGGCCCUUCGGUGUGAACUCGAGAUGCUCCAAAAGCAGACAGACACAAAAAGACAAAGACAGGAGCCUCGCAGGUGAUUCCUUGGCUCUCUGUCAGAGCACAAACCUUCCAAGCGUAUGUGGGGGCCAGGACACCUCUGCAACAAGUGUCCUCUCAUGACAGACCACCUCCAGCCAAGGAAGGAAGUACAGCUUUGUGGUAAAACUACCUGAGUUGUACCCACUGGACAAUGGUGGAUUUGGGAUUCAUGUCUAUAAUUUCCCAGAAAAAGAUUGGUUGUGACGCUUUGGUUGAUUUUUGGUAAAAGUUAAAGGGGACCUAUUAUGGCAUCUAAUACCUAUUUUAAACAAGCCUUGAAUGUCUUAAGAAACAAGCUUUUGAUUGUUUUUGCUAAAUAAAUUAUAAAUUCAGCCUCUGAGCCAUGUCUUUAUCUUCCCAUUCUCUAACCUCAUUAUCUAUGCGGGAUUCUGAGUGGGCGGGGCUAUGAUAAUGAGGCAUUGUGCUGAUUGGCUGCCUGACGCGAUGACGCGGUACACCGCUACGAAAAAAUGGCGGAAGCUCCGGCCGGCAGAGUUGUUGUUGUUCCGGCCAGAGUUAGUUGUGGUCGUGGUUUCACGCAUCGCUCCCGUCGUUACGUAACGACGGGAGCAGAAUCUGAACGGCUCGUAGAAGCCACAUCACACUGGACGGCUCAUCCGGCGGCUGUACAGACACUGCAGAAUUUGGUUGCUUUCCUCCUUCUCUGAGUAGGCAGGCUGAGGGGAGACCACUUUAUAUGUGUUAAAGCAAGAAAAAACAUAU